AGCGCGGAGGCUGCGGACGCGGUGGAGACAGUUCGGGGGCACUGGAGGAUCUCGGGCCGGUUACCGUGGAAACGGGGGCCUAGAUGGGCAGGGGGCAGCGCGGAGCCUGAGCCGGGCCGGAGUGGACCCCAGCUGCGGACAGAGUCAACCACAUUGCUGUGGGUCUGGAAUCUCUUGUAGGCCUGACCAGGUUGAUCAUGGAGCGAAUGCUGCUGUACAAUGGAGGACCACACUGCUGGAUGGAAUAACAGACUACUGGAACCAUUCGGAACUUGAUGUAAAGCCUACAAUUGUUGUGUUGUACAGAAUGAGUACCCAGGAUGUUCCCCUUGGGAAUCUUGAAGGUCUUGAUUCUGAUAUGAUCAAGGAUGAGUCACUUUGUUUAACCAAAGUCAUCGGCAAUGGGCGCAGCAAAAGGACGGGCAGGGCCGAGAGUGAUGACACUGACUCUGCUGAUAGUGACAAUGGUCUGGAGGAUUCACCAACAAACACAACCUGGGACACUUCCAGAAGAGCUUCAUCAAAUGAAUCCUUUUCUUCACGCCAAAGUGCAGACUCGGUGUUGGUUGAUGAGGCAGCAUUAGAACGCAGAGAAUUCAUGAGGAGAUAUGUUGAAAAAAUCUUCAGUGGAAGGCAAGAAAUUGACCAGGAGGAGAAAGCUCGAUUUGGGGAACUCUGUUCUGAGGAAAACAGCCAAGGCAGAGAGUGGUUUGCAAAAUACGUUAGUGCCCAGCGGUGCCAUUCCAAAUGUAUCUCUGAGUAUGCUUUCUACCGACUGGUGCAGUCUUUUGCUGUUGUUCUGUUUGAGUGCUACCAAAUGGAUGACUUUGGUCCUGCCAAGAACCUGAUGACAAUGUGCUUUACCUUCUAUUACGUAGGCAAAUCCUAUCCAAAUGUCUCAACCCUGAAGGCAAAGGUGGAUGACUCCAGUGUGAAAGCCGGCAACAGCUGGCUGACAGAGAAAAGAGAUCUUGCUGCAUUACUGCUGAAAAACACUGAAAAUGUGAAGGGUUUCUUUGGGGGUCUGGAGAAGAAGCUGAAGCUGAAGAAUGAAGACACGCAAAACCAGACUCGGGAGAAGUCCAGUGAGAAUGUCAGAAUGGAAUGUUUCGAGGAAAGACAAGGAAAGAAGAUCUACCUGUACACACACCUCAAGCUGCAGCCUAUCUGGCAUACCCUGAGGUUUUGGAAUGCUGCCUUCUUCGAUGCAGUUCACUGUGAGCGCAAGAAGAGAUCACCAACAACCAGGGAAAAAUGGUGUCACAUGACUCCAGAGGAGCGCGAUGACAGCCAUCGCUUCAAUGAGAAUAUUGCCUUCGGACAACUUGGGACCUUCACACACAACAUGUUGGCUUUUGGACUGAGCAAGAAACUGUGCAGCGACUUCCUGAAGAAGCAAUCAGUAAUUGGGAACCUUAACCGAGAGCAGUACCAGUUGCUUUGUGACCACAUUGAACAGAUGACGACAGUGGAGUGAAGCACUGCAAUGAGGAACAAUCUUGAACAGCAAUAGCAGCUGAAAGCUUAGGUCCUCCAACUUGACUUCGUUCGCCACUAACAACUUUGACAGUGAGCUUGUUGCAGUUAGUGUGUUUACACGGGGUGGAUGUGCCAGUGCGCCUGACUUGCUUUACAGCAAUUGUCCUAUUCUGCUGUAUGCCCCAAAUUAUUAUUGUGUAUUCUGCUGGCAGACAGACACAGUCAACCAUUUCAGAAACAAGUGUAUCGAUUUAAUGUGAGUUACGAUGAGCAGUAUUGGAUCCGCAAUGUGUUUAAUAGCCAUAAUUUCACAGCAUUUCAUCUUCUUAAGGAAUAGGAUGGUGCAACCAUUUUUUAGUAAAGCUGUAAAGUUGGUGAGGAGCAUGUUGGCACAUCGGCCUGUGCAAUACCAUAGCGGAUAUCUACCCUGCACUGCCGCUGUCUGUAUCUCCAGGUUUCUGCCUUACUUUAAGGUUGUUUGUUUGUGUUUGUGAUGUUUUGUUUGUCAGGAAUUACCUGCGUCCUUUUUGGGUAUAGGAGCCAAACAUAGAGCCAUGUUUUCUGAUAGUCUUCUUGAACAGUAAGGUUUUGGAGGAGAAACGAUUAAUUUCUUCCACUGUCAAGUCCCAGCACCUCUCUCUUCCAGGACAUAGUUGCUAUGCCUGUACCACAUACUGCUUGGAGCAUUUGCAGACUGUUAUAUUCAGUUUUUCUUGCAUCCAGUUGGCAACUGAGAGCGCAGUUUCACAACAGAGUAAGACAUAAACUCCAAAAUCUCAUGCUCCAUUUUAAACAUUUAAGUGAUGAUCUGUCACUCAGUGACAUUGAUAUGAAUACUGAAGAGCUGAAAAUGCG